AUGUCCACCCGCGGCCGCGCCACCCGCCCAAAGAAACUCAACUCCAAGCAAAAUGUCCAGAUUUUUCGCGAGGAUCAGGUUGAUCCUCCGUCUGACUACGAAACCCAGCGUGCUGCUAUAGAAACUGGGGUUGAGAAAGCCGAAGAAUCAGAAUAUCAUCUUCAACAGGCCAUCAAGGCAUCCGAGAUUGCCAAAGCAGAUGCAAAAAUCAAAGAUGCUUACAUUCCCACUCCACCCACUAUCGCCAGUGAUGUGCAGUAUGACGUCCUCUACCCAAAAGGGUUUCAACAGCCCGCCACCUAUAUCCGCUCCUCCGCCACGGUCGAAGACUGUGCAGGAGUCGCGUAUUGCAUGGACGAAGACGAUGAGCUCGCUUUGAAGUUAAUCAACGGAAAAUUGCCUGCUGGGCAGGAACCGUGCAGCGAAGAUCAAUUUGAAGUGGUCAUGAAUUUUUUUGAAGAGACCGCCCAGGCAAAACAACCUUUUGCUGCCGUCGAUAGCCCCCCUGUCUUACCUUUAGAAGAACUUGUGGAACAGGUCGACGACACCACCCCUCCUUUUCUCCGCAGCCUCUCCAGGUUCAUAUAUGAACAUUGGAAAACACGGCGGACCGCGACUGGUAAUCGCCCAUUGGCUCCUCGCCUCAAAUUCGAGACUGGGCAGGAAUCCGACGACAGCGAUCCAUAUGUAUGUUUUAGACGGCGCGAAUUGCGCCAGAUCCGAAAGACCAGGAAUCGUGAUGCACAGAGCGCCGAGAAGCUGCGGAAACUCCGUAUGGAGCUAGAGACCGCGAGAAGCAUGCUUCUGAUGGUGAAGAGAAGAGAACAGCUUCGCAAGGAAGCCCUCGAGGUUGAUAGACUGGUCUUCGAGCAACGGCAAGCUCUCCGCGACACAAAGAGAAAAUUGGGCAUGAAGGGCGACGACGACCUUCUCAUCAACCAAAAGAAGCAGAAGGUGCCACCAGGCAUGACACCCAACCAAGCCGCUCUCGCUCAGCAACUCAGGAUGCCUAUGGCUCCUGGUCCAGGUCGCGAACUGCUUACGCUGGAAGAUGUUACCGCUGCUCGGGAACGUGAAAUCCAAAGGGAGAUCCAGAUCAAUGUCGAGAAACACAUCAGAUGGAAUGAGGGUUUUGUCGACAAGACCAUGGCACCACUUACCCCUGAUCUUGAAGAUGACUAUCCUUCGCCUGGUGAACAUUUCCGUGAGGCGAUGGCUGCGACUGAAUACCUGCCAACACCGCCAGCUAGUAUCUCGGAUGAAGAGUCGCAGGAAUUGCCAAAUGGUACUGAUGUGGUGAUGAAAGAUGUAUCCCGACCAUCGACACCUUUUCGGUAUGCCAGUCCAGCGGAUGAAGAAUCCGUCGGACAUAUGCCUUCCUUCAGACGGAGAAUAGGUCGUGGUGGGCGUAUCAUAAUUGAUCGAAGGCUCCCUCGGAUGCGGCGAGAUUCCUCAACUGAUGAUUGGUCCAAAGACGAUCGGUUUAAAUUCGACUCGGACGACGAAGAUUUCCCUGACGCUGAUCCCACUUUGCCCGACUUAACUUUUGCUCGCAUGUCCCAGCGGGCGUAUCUCAUCGGCGGCAGCCGACCCGCAGAUGCACAACUGAUAGCAGCGAGGAGAUCACAGUUCGAUGCCGCCGGCCCAAGUCACUCUUCUUCGGCAGGGCAGUAUGCACAACCGACGCCUGCGCCUUCUUGA